AUGACUAAUAGUCCAGUCUCAUACAGACUUCUCAGAACAGGAGGCAGUCUUCCUCCUCUAAUUUUCCCGCAAAUCUCUCGUGACUCUCUCGACAACGGUCUCGUUCUCCGAGUCUCUCUCCCGUCUUUUAGUAGCACCGCGACCCGUAAUGGUCGCCUGCGGGUGCUCACGCACGUGACAACGAUGUGCCGACCGAUCGCGGUCUCUCCCGUCUGGCCUCUUCCGUCUCACUCGACCAUAUUUCCUACUCCAAUCCCUCCCUCCACCUCCCUUAUCCCCGUUUUAGGGUCUUGCGCUAAUCGUGUCGUUAACACCUCGACCCGGCAAUCGACCAGCUACCGCCGCCGACAACUCUUCAACUCGACAAACGACCGGCUCCCGUCGUUAAUAACACCACACCCACUGUCUGGCUGCUGCAGCUCGUUGAGCAUCUACUGUAGGUCUCCUGUCAGUUUCUUCUUGAUUUUCAUACUGUAUUGCUGCUGCAUCCCGUUAAGCAUAGACUGUACGUCUCCUGUCAGCUUCUUCUUGAUUUUCAUACUGUAUUGCUGCUGCAGCCCGUUGAGCAUCUACUGUACGUCUCCUGUCAGCUUCUUCUUGAUUUUCAUACUGUCUGGCUGCUGCAGCCCGUUGAGCAUCUACUGUACGUCUCCUGUCAGCUUCUUCUUGAUUUUCAUACUGUAUUGCUGCUGCAGCCCGUUGAGCAUCUACUGUACGUCUACUGUCAGCUUCUUCUUGAUUUUCAUACUCUGCAUGCCUUUCUGCGACUUCUCUCCUUAUCUUGCUCAGCUGACCUUCAGUUUCUUCUGCUCUUUCUCUUUUCCUCCGCUGGGAUUGCUUAGGGGGUUCAAAUCGGAACUUUUGGUCAAUUCUUACUCCCUCUCCUUUUAUUCUUUCCUUUUUCUUUUUUUCCUUCUUUUCUUCCUUUGCCUUUCACAUUUCCUAUGA